AUGGCAUUCGCGUGGAAACAGGCCGGCGUGAGCUACAACAAGUACCUCUCGAUCGCCGCUCAGGCCAUCCGAAAAAGUCUGAAGGAACAGGCUCGUGUCGCUGCCGAGCGACGAAGCGGGAACGAAUUGAAGGUUUCCAGAUGGGAGAACGGCAAGCAACAGGAGGCCAAGUACUUGGGUAACUCCGAACAGUAA